AUGAGCGUUCAGAAUAUGAGCAAAAGGUCUUGGGAGUCGCUUUCUUCAACUUUCUCGCACCUCGAAGUUUCGCUCUCGCGGGACAGCUGUUAUGCUUCAGACGACGUGUCUGUAACAUCUACCAAGCCUGUUACUCUCAAUCCAGCCGUGAUACAGUCCGUGGCGCCUUCGACGGAACCUUUACGCCAGCUUCCGAAGCCGAUACUGAAGAGAACAUAUGCUGAAAUUGAAGAAGACGAAGAGUCAGAGUCCGGCUAUGCCUCCGAUUCUUCAGAAUAUAAUCCUGACUACAUUUUUGAAGAAACUGAUGGCGAUAUGUGCGACAUUCCAGACUGGGAUGACACCUCAGAAAUCAUGUCCGAACUCUGUAUCGAUGAUAUUGAGUCUUUCGACGGCUCAUUCAUUUCAUUCGAAUCAACGGUGCGCUUUGACUCAAAUGUGCACUAUAUUGAGCCGCAAGAAUAUGAAGAUGAUGAAAAUGGCGAUGUCGGCGGUGCUGGUGAUGCUGGCAUGACCUGCCACGAGAUGAUGGCAAUCGCACGGGCGUCUUCUUACCCAAACAAGUCUCAUGAGGAAACAUACAGCGGGGCGGAAACCAGCGACGUCGAUGAUGUUAACCAUGAAGCUAUUUCUGACUCUAUCGAACAACUUCCUGAACAUACAGACGAUAUUGUUGAUCUUGAUAAAAGGCUUUUUGUGGCUUACAUGAACGGCAUUAACGGCAUCGCAAAUCCGGAAUAUAAAACUCGCCUACGUGCUCGGGUGGCAGAUUUCAAGUCAGGCCGCGUGCCAUCACCGUUUUUGGAUUUGGAUAGUGCCAAUGCGGUUUAUCUAGACACAGUCCUCAGCCAUGUCAUCGGGACAUUCCGCAACAUUGUGGUCAAAGAUGAAUUUUUUGAUCUUGUCAAGGUUAAUGGCAAGACGGAUCAUACCUGUCCGGAAGCAGGGUUCAGCCACGAUAUGUUUGAUAAAAUCGAGCAUCUGCUAUGUGAACGAUUGACCAACGGCGAUGUGAACAUCGGGCCCGAUGAGCUGAGCUUUUUUGCUAGUGGCGUUGCCUACGCGCUUGAGAACUGGGGAUGUUACUCGUCUUCCAAACAAACAAAACAAAAGUCCAGUUACCGAGGAUCGUAUCCAACGAUUUACGAACAGCCAUGA